GCAAAUAGUAGCAGCAGCACCACCCAGCAAAAAAAGAGGGAAAAAAAAUCGGAAACACUGAACCGUACAACUUCCGCUGAGCACCUCCACCUCCACUUCCUGCAUCUAUAAGAUAUACAGCACAUUCAAUCUGCGGUCUCUCCAUCGUUUUUCCAUUUUCCUCCGAUAAUCUCAUCGGGCCGUUUGGUGCUCAUCAUUGUCGCUGAGUCCAGCAAAGUCGGGCGUGCCAGCUAAUUCAUGAUAUUAGGUUUCUUAGAUAUCUUCUUUGAUAUUGAACUACAUCGACUUAAACCUCGAGGCCGUUCAAUUGAAGGAAACAACGAGAAUAAGCUUGAUAUGAGUCCAGUUGAUGAUACCCCUCUGUCUAAUCCUGCUGGCGAUCCGGGCGGAUUUUCUGUGACUGGGGUUAGGGAUUUUGGGAAAGUGAAUGGUUCAUCUGUUACCUAUGGGUUCGAGGGCUUGAAUGCUGAAAUGGAGGGUCUGAAAAGAGAUAAAAGUUUGGUGGUAGAAACUGAAGGUAACAAUAGAGAACCUGAGCCAAACGAGGGGUAUUCCUGGAAGGGAGGAGUUUGUGGGCAAGAAACUGUUAAAACUGAUGGUAAAUUGGAUGUACAAUUAAAGGGUGCUGACAAUAAUGAGGUUAAAGAUAAGAUAGACCCCGAUCACAAUGAAGAGAUGGGAGUUUGUGAGUUUCCACAAUAUGGUGACAGCGGGAAUCGAAAAAGUUUCUUUGUGGAUUUGAAUUCGCACCAUCAGGAGGGAAUUUUUAUUCAAGGUGCUGAAAGUACAACGGCUUUGAUUGAGGGUAGCUUGCCAUUUUCUGUUGGUUUAGCGGAAGUUACAGAUGCCACUAUUAAAAAUGGUGUAUCUGCUAGAAACCGACAAGCACCAAUUAAAGAAGUGAUAACAAGUGGACCAUUUAAUGAAGUGGAUGGAAAGGAUGCUAAGCCUUGCAUACUGAUACCAAAAAGUCGUGGGGAAGGGAAUCAGAUGGAAAAGGAAAGCGAAUUUUAUGUGUCUGAUUUAGUAUGGGGCAAGGUAAGGAGCCAUCCAUGGUGGCCUGGCCAGAUAAUUGAACCAUCAGCUGCAUCCGAGAAAGAAAUGAAAUAUUUUAAGAAAGAUAGUUAUUUGAUUGCUUAUUUUGGGGACCAAACUUUUGUAUGGAAUGAAGCCUCAAAGAUAAAGCCAUUCCAAAUGUAUUUCUCUCAAAUGAAGAAGCAAAGUAAUGCCACUGCUUUCUGCAAUGCUGUGAACUCUGCCUUGACUGAGGUUUCUAAAAGGGUCGCGUUUGGCUUGGCCUGCAGAUGCUUGCCUGAGGAGGUAAGUGCCAAGGUCAAGUCACAGGUGGUUUUAAAGUCUAGUAUCUGGGAAAAAUCAAUCAGGACAUAUGCUGGAGAUAGUUUUUCAACUGCAGCAGCUUUUAGUCCUGCAAAACUCGUCAACUCUUUGGAGGCAUUAGCUAAAUCCCCACAUAAUGAUAUUGAUGAUUUGGAAUUUGUCAUAGCAAGAGCGCAGUUAUUGGCAUUUAAUAGAUGGAAGGGUUAUUACCAACUACCUGUAUUUGAAGAACUAAAUGGUUUUUUGGGAAACGAUCUUGAUCUUGCUGCAGUACAGGAGGAGAAAAAUCUUGUUGAAGUGAUUGAUGAUGGUUUGGGUUCUGAGGAAGAUAAUGAAAUUGAAUGUGGAAAAAAAAUGUCUCCUUUGCAUGGGGUUUCUUGCAGGGGCAUGGAUCUCCCCUUGAAUAAUGAGCGCAAAACAAAAAAGAAAAAACACUUGCAGGACUUGAUGUCUGGAAGCAGCUUGAGCUUUCGAGAUGGUGGAUAUGAAGACGAAGGGAAAGCAAGCAGUGACAAGGCUUCUGUAUCUUCUGGAAAGAAACGCAAAGCGCUUGGUUCUACAUCCAGUGAAUCAACGAAAAGAAUGAGGAAAAGGGUUUCCAUGCAGAGUGCAAGAACUGCAACUUCAUUGUUGAGAAAUUACGUUGAAGUUGGAGAUAGCAUGCAUGGGCUUGCGGGGAAACUACAUAGUGGUGCGGUUCCCCCUCUUGACACUGGCAUUAAAAUUUCACAAGGAGCAAUAGUUAACCACAGUAAAAAGUCUGGAAAGACUUAUUAUUCUGGAGCUUCAACCUUGACCGCUGAGAAAUCUUGUAGAAGGCCACCUCCUUGUGAGUAUCCUUCUAUGAGUGAGAUAUUUUCAGAGCUGUGUCUUGCUGCUGAAAAUCCAGUGAAAGGUUACAGUUCUUUGACAACAAUAGCUGGUUUUUUCUGUGAUUUUCGCAACUCUAUCUGUAUGGAACAUAACAAUCUUAAAAAAAGGACAAAGUCAUCAGGUAAACAAAUAGUUAAAAAGUCAGCCAAUGUAGAAGCUGCAGAAGCAUUUGAAUUUGAAGGUAUGGAAGACUCUUACUGGACUGACAGAAUUAUCCAGAGCAACUUGGAUGAUCAGGUACUGUUCGAACCUGAGCCCCCCUUACUGAACUGGGAGCAGAAGAUCCUGUGCGAUCGUACCCUGUGGAUGAAAAGUCAUAUAAAAACUAGUCUGAUCCUUAACUUCACUUAUUUAGAAUCUAUUCCUUCAAUAACUAACCUGAACGAUAUAUUCGACUGCUAUGGACCAGUGAAGGAGUCGCAGACUAAAGUUCUAAGUAAGAGCAAGCGCGCAAAAGUGGUCUUCAAGAGGCGUUCUGAAGCUGAAACUGCCUUCAAUAGUGCUGGAAAAUUCAACAUUUUUGGACUUUCGCUUGUUAGUUAUCGCCGUAGAUACACAUCACCUCGCAAAGCUGCUGCCACAUGCAAAACUAAAAGAAGAAGAAAGAAUGCAAUAUCAAUAGAAGACAGUGCAAUGUGAUAUUUUUCAUGGUGAGAUGAGUUCUAAGUAUUCUCCUAUAGCAUGUGUACUCUUUCUUCCUUUUUUUUUUUCUCGAAGGAACAUGUGUACUCUUACUGACCAAUGUAAAGUGAAGAAAUUCUGUAAACCAUGCAAUUACGUGUACAUGAUUAGCAUGCACAGCUAAUCUACUGAGCCUUUGUAGAUAAUGCUUAUGUUUCCAGUUGAGUUUGACUUCUUUUGUCUGUA